UUCGUGGUUAGGCAUGUUUUCGUUCCGGGCGCGUGACAUCAACGUUGUAGGCGACAACAACACCCUGCUGUACGGCCGUGUGGUGGACGUGGCGGACAACGGGCUCUAUAUCGAUCUGCUGUGCCCCAAACGCCAUCGCGAAUUCUUUCCCUUCAACCGGGUCUUUCUAUCCCUGCGCUGUUUGCAUCAGGAAUGGAUGUGGGAUCCCACGGAGGAGCCGCGACAGACCAUUGCGGUGGAAGUGCUGCGACGUGAAGACCCUAGUGGGACGUGGCGCUGGUGGCCCGGACUCGUUAUUACUCCGGCGCGGAAGUGGGACUCCUCCUUUUGGUGUAGGCAGUGGGAGGAGUGCAGGGUGGCCGUUGUUCAGGGCCGGGAGGACAGUGGCGCCAUCUGGACGGACAUUGUCCCGCGGCACUGCCUCCGCUAUCCGGUGCCGAGCGACUGGUGGAUCGAUCAGCGCGACAUGAAGAUAACGUUGUCGGCGGUGACGCAUCUCUGGCACACUGGACCGGGACGGUUUGUGAAAUGGUCGAUGCCCCCGCUGCCCGCUGAGUGUCGCGAGGUGUCCGCUGAGCAGUUAUUGCAGUUGAUAAAGGAAAUGGACGAGGAAGGUGCCGCCAAAGGCCACGUGGUCAGCGUUGACGUGGCGGAUGGGGAGGUGCAGUGUGUGGUUGAGCUGAACGAAGGCGUCGGGGAUACGGAGGCACAGGAAAUCCUUCAACCGUUGCACAACAUGCUGACCUUACGCCUUCCUCAGGUCCUGCGUGAUGAGGCGGAAACUGUUGAACGUGGAAUGGUAGAUGGAUUCCCGGUACUAAGUGUGGAUGUGUGGCAGGAAGUGUUCGCUCAUCUGGACACGGUAACGCAGACCAGACUGCGAGCGGUGCACCCCAAGUGGAAAGAUAUUCUCGACAAGACGGCUGCUUUGACGGCCAACAUUAUCAUCGAGACCAGCGGAGGCCUUCGCAAUUUCCACUACUUUAUGACGGCGCCCAUCUUCGAAUGCCUGCGCCCUUCCACCAAGCGCGUUAUCAUCCAUGAUCGCGAGCGCCGCAUCCGCUGGGCCGAGUUGCUCACCGUGUUGGAUAUGAUCGAUUACGUGGCACGGACCCAUCCCGGGAUCCGUCUGACGGGACUGUACGUGGUCGGCGUCACGAAGUUGCUGUCGGAAUCGGGCUUGCGCGAUGAAGAUGCUGACCCGAAAGAGUGCGAUGUGCACCCUCCCAGCGAUUUAUUCGGGCGGCCGCGCUGCUACUCUGGCCUCCUGGAUGAUUUGAUCGUGGCCCGCCGCGAUCUCCCCUGCGACGCCAUCCAUCUGGUGCGCUGUCGGGUGCGUGUGCGCUACGAUGUGGUCAACCCGACCGAUGUGGAGGGUUGGACUAGGAGGAGGUGCGUACAGCUGGAUGUCGACAUGGCCCUGACGCGUCUGCCGCUGAGCGGGGAUUGGGCGUCGAACGUGUGGCAAGCGGUGGAAUCGGCGUUGCCGGUGCCUAGUGGGGACGAGAUGCAGGCAUUGUCGGCGUGGUUGACCGAGGUCACGGCGGACGAGCGCCGCCAGUUUCAGCGCAUUGCCGUCUGCAAAGUGUUAUGCAUGACGCAGACCGGUGAUCCGCGUUCGUCCUUGCAUUACCGCGGGAAGAAGUGGUGCGCCGAUGGACUGCAGGGUUUACGCUUGGAGAAACUGUCCCGCAUUGCGCAGCGAUUUCUUGUCAUCCUUCCUGAAUUCCUGCGUAAGCGCCGCUCCGGAUCGCCGGUAUCUUCAGACUCAGAUUAA